CACGUCGCCCCUCCUCUCAUCCCCUUAAAAGACCUCGCUCGGGUGCUUCGCCUGCAUUUGCAAGGUUGCGAUUAGCUGCGGCGGGCGGUAGGCGAAAGGUGUUGAGCCAUGGUUAAACAUAACAAUGUCGUGCCAAAUGGCCAUUUCAAGAAGCACUGGCAGAAUUAUGUAAAGACUUGGUUCAACCAGCCUGCCCGCAAAACCAGAAGACGCAUUGCUCGACAGAAGAAAGCUGUGAAAAUUUUCCCACGUCCAACUGCUGGCCCCCUGCGCCCUAUCGUGCAAUGCCAGACACUCAAGUACAACAUGAAAUCUAGAGCAGGCAGGGGUUUUACUCUUGAGGAACUGAAGGCAGCUGGCAUUCCAAAGAAGCUUGCACCAACAAUUGGCAUUGCGGUCGAUCACAGGCGAAAGAAUAGAUCUCUUGAGGGUCUCCAAGCUAAUGUCCAGAGGCUGAAGACGUACAAAGCCAAGCUUGUCAUCUUCCCAAGGCGUGCACGCAAAGUCAAGGCUGGAGAUUCUGCUCCGGAGGAACUGGCAACUGCCACUCAGGUCCAAGGCCCAUACAUGCCCAUUGCUCGUCAGAAGCCUACGGUUGAGCUUGUCAAGGUUACAGACGAGAUGAAAUCAUUCAAGGCCUAUGCCACGCUUCGUGUUGAGAGGAUGAAUAAGCGUCAGGUCGGUGCCAGGUUGAAGAAGGCUGCAGAAGCAGAGAAGGAAGAAAAGAAAUAACUGAUUCAUAUGAGCAUGCAUUUCAACCACUUUAAAUACAACAUUUGAAUUUCACUGUGAGCUGCGGAGUUUGUCUCAAUUUGGAAAUUUAGCUCCAUGGAAUUCCAGGCCUUUUAAGGUAGUGGUUGUAACAUUACGAUCUUGUAUGGUUGCAGCAGAGUUAAGUUGAGAAUUUUUAACUAAAUGUAGAUUGAAUCUAACUUAUUGUAGAUUGAAUCCCAGUAUCUUUGUUCUGCAAUGUGUUCGAUUGCUAUUGAAAUCUGAGCAUAAA